GACCUCUAUCCGGUUCUGGGCCGUGCGGCGGGAGACCGGCAGAGCGCAGCGCAGGCAGCAGCACAAGGCGGUGGUGCCGUGGGGCGGCCGCCGUCUGCCAGCAAUUUCUUGGCGUAUAGUUACUCCUUCAGUUCGAACCCGCAGCUGCUGGCCCAAGCGAACACUCCGCAGGCCUUCAAUCCUUUGCAACAUGUGGAUCCGGUGAAAUGGCUGCAAGCGCUGCAGUCCAACCCGGAUCCUACCUCCUGCUACCCAGAGUCCAUGGUUGGUCUUCCUUCCCUGGAGCAGCGCCUGCAACAACAGCAGAAAGCGGUUGAGGACAUGGGAUCUGCCUUGGAGGAGCUUCGUACUGGUAUGGGAAAUCUGAAGCACCACCUGCAGGCGCAAAGCUUGCAGAAGUUGGAG